CCUCGUUCACUUCUUAGUUUGUUCGUCAUUUUUCGGAAAACCUCGGCGUUCCCUCUCUCUCGCUCGCUCGCCCACCGCCUCCCUCCUUCGCUCCGAUCCAUCCGUGGUCCCAAAGCGGCGGCAACUGAUGCUGCUGGCCGGUCGCCCUCUAAAAAAAAAAAAAAACUUGCGCAAAAUCUUUUUCCUCCUCCUCUUUUCCCUUUGACUUGUCUGAAAAAGCAGCACCGUUUUUAACGUCCAUUUUGUGUCAAGCUCGGCAGGACGCAGGUGCGUGAAAACUGGGACAAUUGGCGUGCACUUUGACGGCGGAUGGCUGCGGUUCUCUUGACGAGUCCCUCCUGGCGGGAUCUGAUGUGCUCGUCUGAGUGCUUUUGAAGACUUUUCCUCCCCCGAGGAAAAGAGCGGAUGCACUUUUGAGUGAUUCCAGAAAAUAAAGGAUGACUGGGUGAUGAAACAGCCAUGAAGCCUGAACUGAAGGGAAUUAUGAUGCGCUUCCCGAUUCUUUACCGUCGUAUUUGCUUUCUGCUCAUUUUCGACUUCCCGACACUACUUGGCCAGUUUUUGCCGGAGGAGAGGGCCGGCCAAGGCUUGCUGCUCUUCAGCCAGCCCGUCUACAACGCCUCCAUCUUUGAGAACUCCGCUUCCAGGACCUAUGCCGGAAGCCAGGUCAAAAUGGGCAUCCUCCUCGUCCGAUCGUUUGACGUUAAGUUCUCCAUCGAGUCCGGCGACAGCGAGGGCGUCUUCCAGGCAGAGGACUUUACCAUGGGGGAUUUCUGCUUUCUACGCAUACGAACAAACACCGGUGCCAUGCUGAAUCGGGAAGUGCAAGACAAUUACACUCUGACGGUCAAGGCUUCCGCCCAAGGAGGCCUGGAGGCAAUGGCCACUAUCUACAUCAAAGUCCUGGACAUGAACGACCUCCGUCCUCUCUUCUCUCCCACCUCUUAUUCGUUCGUGGUGUCUGAGAGCACCCCUUUGGGCGCCAGCAUCGGCCGUGUGACGGCCACCGAUGCCGACGUGGGUUCCAACGGCGAGUUCUACUACUUAUUCAAGAGCAAAGUGGACCUCUUCGCCGUGCACCCCACGAGUGGCGUGGUCACGCUGACUGGCCGCCCCAGGAUGGACAACCGGGACCUCAUCGAGUUGGAGGUGCAGGUGGUGGACCGAGGGAUGAAGCUCUACGGUAGCAAUGACAUCAGCAGCACGGCCCGACUGGUGGUCAGUGUGACGCAGAUAAAUGAGUUUGCCCCAAUUCUGAGGGCGGUUGCCGUGGCCCCGUCGUGGACCGACCAAAACCCGGUCUUUGCCAAAGUGGCGGUGGAGGAUAACGAUGACGGGGUGAGCGGGUACAUAGAGUGGGUGUCCAUCAUCGACGGUGACCCACUUGAACAGUUUGUGAUUGAUCGAUCGCCACUCGUUGCGAAUGAAUAUUGGGUCAGAGCGUCACAGCAGUUCGACUGGGACAGAUACCCUUACGGCUGCAACUUAACCUUCCAGGCUAAGGACAGGGGCAUCCCUCCUAAGUUCUCGAACACUCAAUUGCUUCAGUUGUUGGUCACAAAGCCCGAACCGACACUGGGGAGUUUCGAGAAAGACGUUUAUGAAGUGGUGUUGAGUGAAAUUGCUCCCCCGGGGACUGUUGUCGAGGUGCUGAGAAUCUCCCCGGCUCCCGCGAGUGUCAAUUACAGCUUCUGCAGCCUCUCGGAACUAAUGUACUUUGAUAUCAAUCCGUCGACCGGCGUUAUUAUGACCUCGAGGCGACUGACAAGGAUUUCACAGAUUUUCAUGGAGAUGGAAGUGUUCGAGGCUGUAAGUCUUCUGAGAGCAAAGGUCCGCAUCACCGUGGAGGAUGCUAAUGACAACUCCCCAGUUUUCAGCCGGCCAUUUUAUGAUGUUUCCAUCAAUGAAAGCUUAGCUGUCGGCACCGUUUUUCUCAUUGUUUCAGCCGUGGAUGAAGACAGAGGAGAGAACGGCUACGUCACGCACACAAUUAACGGUGAGCCUUGGCUUCCUUUCGCCGUGGACCAAGACACGGGGGAGCUGAGGAUCACGCGAGACCUGGACUUUGAGUCGUCCGAAGAAAUCUACACGUUUGCUGUGCGAGCCUCGGACUGGGGUUCGCCCUACAGACGGGAGAGCGAGGCCAACGUCACGGUCCGUUUGAUCAACAUAAAUGACAAUGCGCCGGUCUUUGAGAGGGUCUCCUGCAGAGGGAUGAUUGGCCGGGAUUUCCCUGUCAGCCAAACCAUCGUCACCCUGUCGGCUCUCGACAUGGACGACCUCGGUAUGGUCAAGUACGAGGUCAUCUCAGGAAACGAGAUGAACUACUUUACCUUGGAAGCAGAGUCUGGUGCCUUGUCGCUGACGCGAUCAUUAGCGGGGGUGAAUUUAAAGAGCGGCAUGUUCAACUUGAAAGUCGUUGCCACAGAUGGCGAAAUGUCCUCCGCGCCCACCGAUGUAAAUAUAUCCGUCAUCAGGGGUUCAAUACCACCCCGAGGGCUCAGCUGCAAGGACACCCAGGUGGCCCAGUUGAUGGCUGAGAAAAUGCUCUCAAAGGCCUCAGCGAUGGCUCGCGUGAGACAGUUUGACAGGAGUCCAGAUGUCUUUUCCGUAAACAAACAAGCUCCGCAGUUCGAAGCCUUGCCUACAAGUAUUCUGGUUCGGGAGGACCUUCCACCGGGGGCCAGCGUGUUCCAGGUGAGGGCACGUGACGGCGACACCGGCUUCAACGGGCGUCUUCUCUUUUCCGUAGCUGAUGGCAGCAAAGAGGACUGUUUGACCGUGGACAUGGAGAGCGGCUUGCUGACCGUCCUGCGGCCGCUGGACCGCGAGCGAACCGACCGCUACUUUCUCAACAUCACCGUCUACGACCAAGGUGUCCCGCAGAUGUCCAAUUGGAGGCUCCUGACGGUUAUCGUGGAAGAUUCCAAUGACAAUGAUCCGCAGUUUGCUCAGGACUCAUUCACGGCGCUGGUUGCUGAAAACGCACCCUUGGGCACGCAGGUGGUCACCAUCUCUGCUAUUGACAAAGACGCCGCUCAGAAUGCGCAGCUGUCCUAUCUUUUGCUGACCAGCAUCCCUCAGUUCGCCAUCGACAGCGAGACCGGCGGUGUCUUUGUGGCCGGCCACCUGGACCGGGAGAGCUUUCCCACAUAUACUCUGAGGAUCGAGGCCAGAGACAAGGCCGAAAGAGGCAACCGGAGAUCGGCGGUGACCACGUUGAACAUCAUCGUGGAAGACGUCAACGACUGCGCCCCGUCCUUCAUCCCGAGUACUUACAGUGCUCGAGUGCUCGAGGACCUCCCACCGGGGGCUGUCAUUAUGUGGGUGCAGGCCAAGGACCCGGACAUCGGAUCCAGUGGACAAGUCCGGUACUCCCUCUUCAGUGACUUCAACGGCACUUUUGAGAUGGACGGUACGAGUGGCGUUUUGAGGAUCAGGAAGGAGCUGGACUUUGAGACGCAGGCGUUCUUCAACCUGACCUUACUCGCCGAAGACCAGGGAACGCCCACCCUCAGCAGCCUGACGUAUGUGGAGGUGGAGGUGGUGGACGUCAACGAGAAUUUGUACGCGCCCUACUUUGCCGACUUCGCCGUGAGAGGCUCGGUGAAGGAAAACUCGCGGGCGGGCACCAGCGUGCUGGCAGUGGACGCCAAGGACGACGACGAAGGGAGGGACGGCGCCGUGAAGUACUCCAUCCGAGGUGGCAGCGGGCUGGGCGCCUUCACCAUCGACGAAGACACAGGGGUGAUUUACACAGCAGGCAUCCUGGACUGCGAGAGCAAGGACUCCUAUUGGCUGACGGUGCACGCCACAGACAGAGGGGUCACGCCGCUCUCCGCUUCCGUCGAGGUCUUCAUCCAGGUGGAAGACGUGAACGACAAUGCGCCGCUCACCUCGGACCCCAUUUACCACCCGUCGGUGUUGGAGAACUCGCCCAGGGACGUGUCGGUGAUCCGCAUCCAGGCGCAGGACCCCGACCUCACCGCCACGCCGAGCCGCCUCACCUACCGCAUCACCGCCGGCAACCCGCAGAACUUCUUCUACAUUAACCCCAAAACAGGCUUGAUCACCACGACGGCAAGGAAGCUGGACCGAGAGCAGCAGUCGGAACACUUCCUGGAGGUGACGGUCAUCGACGGGCCGGUGACAACCCGCCAGUCCACCGUGUGGGUCAUGGUCCACGUGGAGGACGAGAACGACAACCCGCCCGUCUUCCCUGAGGUCACCUACCGCAUCCGGCUGCCUGAGCGCGACCGCAAUCGACGCGGCGAGCCCGUCUACCGGGUCUUCGCGCACGACCGCGACCUGGGCGUCAACGCCAACGUCAGCUACAGCAUUGUGGACGGCAACCAGGACGAGACCUUCAGUGUGGAUCCGCGCACCGCCAUGGUGGUGUCCAAGAAGGCGGUGGCGGCCGGCACCCACCAUGUCCUCACGAUCAAAGCGGAGGAUGGCGGUGACCCGCCGCUGUGGUCCACGGUCAAGCUUCACGUGGAGUGGAUCGGCAGGCCUGCGCCCUCGCCGCUGCCCCUGCUGUUCACCCAGCGCUGCUACAACUUCUCUGUGCCCGAGACGGCCUCUGUGGCUCAGCCCGUGGGAGUGGUCGCCGUGAGCCAGUCCAACACCCCAGUUUGGUUCAACAUCAUGGGAGGACGCGUGGCCAGAGAAAUGUUCUACAUUCCGCAGAACGCGUGUGGGAGGAACUGCUCUCUCGACACAGGUAGCUUCGAUAUGCAAUUUGACCUCCAAGUGGGCGUGGGCACCCUGGUAGUGGCCAGACCGCUGGACACCGAAGUGCAGGCCAUUUACAACAUGACGGUGCAGGUGACGGAUGGCAACGCUGUUGCCACCACACAGGUGUUCAUCCGGGUCCAGGACAGCAAUGACAACCCUCCAGUGUUCUCGCAGCCGGCCUACGACGUCAGCGUUUCCGAGGAAGCGGCGGUGGACACGGAGCUGCUGCGCCUGCGGGCGUCGGACAUGGACGAGCGCAGCCGUCUCAGUUUCUCCAUCUACGGCAGCGUGGACCCGGCUAGCAUGCGGUUGUUCCGGGUCAACCCGGGCACAGGGGCAGUCUACACGGCCGACCGGCUGGAUUACGAGGCCCACACGCAGCACAUCCUCACCGUCAUGGUCAAGGACCAGGAGUUCCCAUUCAACCGGGACUUGGCUCGGAUCCUGGUGGCAGUGGAGGAUGCAAACGACAACGUUCCCUACUUCACUAGCACAGUUUACGAUGCUGUCGCCUAUGAAUCUUCUCCCGUUGGUACCGCGGUCCUGCAAGUCAUGGCACUGGAUAAGGACAAUGGGAUUAACGGGCAACUCACUUACACCAUACAAGCAGGCAACACAGGCGGCGUGUUCAGCAUUAACAACAACACGGGCAUCAUCUUCAUCGCCAAGGACCUGGACAUCACUUCUGUAGGCUCUUACACGCUCACCGUGCGAGUCACGGAUGGCGGUUUUCCACCACUAACGGCCACUGCUUCUGCUCGCGUAUCCUUGACGCUCUCCGAUUUAUCCACACCCAAAUUCUCUCAGAAGGAGUACCAGGCCGAGAUCAUGGAAAACAGCACGGCCGGAGCUCAUGUAAUCACAGUGAGCGCCCUGAGCCGCUCCGCACUCGUUUAUGACAUCACCAGGGGCAAUGAGGAAAAGUGCUUCUUCAUUAAUCACCACACGGGGGUCAUCAGCACACGCAAACGCUUUGACUUUGAGAAAACGGCAUCCUACUUCUUGAUGGUCCGCGCCUCCAGCAUGGCGGGCACAGAGACUAGCGCCGCAGUUGUCGUUCAAGUGGGCGACGUCAACGACAACGCUCCCAUCUUCCAGCAAUUAAGGUACGCGGGGUCCAUCAGCGAGGCGGCGCCGGUGAACAGCGUAGUCCUCGGAGAUGACGGCAACCCACUCGUCAUCCGGGCGACGGACGCCGACCGCAAUCACAAUGCCUUGCUGGUGUUCCAGAUCAUAGACGAGACUGCUCGCAUGUUCUUCAGCGUGGACCCUGGGACCGGAUCCAUCAGGACGAUUGCCAGUGUGGAUUAUGAGACCUUCCCCGAGUUUGCCUUCAGGGUUCACGUCCGAGACAGUGGACAGCCGCCUAAAAGUGCCGACAGUCCUGCCGAGGUGCUCAUUAAGGUGAUCAACAUCAACGACUCGCCGCCAAGAUUCUCACAAGACAUGUACGAGAGCAUCCUCUUACUGCCCACCUACCCUGGAGUGGAGGUCCUCCGUGUGGAAGCCUUCGAUCCCGACGUCAUUUCGCACCCAGACAACAAGACCCCCCAACUGGUCUACUCUCUGGUGGACCGCAACCUGGAACACUUCUCGGUGGAGCGCAGCAACGGCGUGGUGACGGUCAUCAAUCAGAACCUCAGCAAGGACCGUUAUCGAUUCAACGUGAAGGUUUGGGAUGGUCGUUUCUCCAGCGUGGCGUUGGUCACUGUACUGGUCCGCCAAGCCAUCAACAGCGGUUUAUCCUUUGCCGCCCCGUUUUACGCCGCCACCGUUCAAGAAAACACCAGCAACGUGAGCGUCCUGGCUGUGGUCAACGCCGCUGGCCAGCGCCUCAACGAGCCACUGAAAUUCACACUGCUCAACCCCGGGGGGCUCUUCACUGUGAGGCCCACCUGCGGGGCUUUGCUCACCGUCGGCAUCCCGUUUGACCGUGAGGAACGGGACAGCUACGAACUGGUGGUGGAGGUCCGUAGGGAGGAGGAAGUACUGAAAGUGGCCAGAGUCAAGGUCACAGUACAGGUUGAGGACGACAACGACAACGCCCCCGAGUUCGUCAACCUCCCGUACUACGCGACGGUGCGGGUGGAAGCAGAACCCGGAUCAUCCAUUUUCACGGUAACCGCCACCGACCGUGACUUGGGCGUGAACUCUCAGGUGACCUACCGCCUCAAGGACCCGCACAGGAACUUUCAGGUGAACCCAUUGACGGGUGAGCUGACACUCAAGCGAGCCUUCGAAGCCGACCUGUCCAACGGCGAGUUGAAGGUGGUGGUCGUGGCGUCGGACGGCGGCACCCCCUGUCUGUCCGCUGAAGUGGAGCUUCCUGUCAACGUGCUGAACAAAGCCAUGCCGCUGUUCGACAAGCCCUUCUACGGCAUCACCGUGCCCGAGGACGUAGCCGCGUCCACCUCGCUGCUGAGCGUCAAGGCCAGCAGCCCCAUGGGGCAGCCCAUCAUCUUCACCCUGGCUGGCGGCGACCCAUCACUGCAGUUCGACAUCGGCUUCGACACGGGCACGAUCAGCGUGCUCUACCCGCUGGACUACGAGACGGCGCCAUACUACCGCCUCACGGCCAGGGCCACCGACGCGCUGACGGGCGCCAGGUCCGAGGUGGACGUGGACGUGGUGGUGCUCGAUGUCAACGACAACGCACCCGCCUUCCGGAAGCCGGCGUACUCGGCCGUGAUUCCUGAGAACGCCAUGAUCGGAACUAGUGUCCUGCAGGUGUUUGCUCAGGAUCAAGACUCGGAUAAGAACUCCAGGGUGAGCUACGAGAUCGUUCCGGACAUCCACAACAGCAGCGACUACUUCCACGUAGAGCGCGACAGCGGCCUGCUCCUGACAGCGCGGCUGCUGGACUACGAGCGCGCCCGGCGCUUCAACUUCGUGGUGCGUGCGACGGACGGCGGCAGGCCGGCGCUCAGCAGCGACGUCAGCGUCACAGUGGGCGUCGCCGACACCAACGACAACCCGCCCGACUUCAGCCAGAUGCUGUACGAGGCCUUCGUCAGCCAGCUGGCACCGCGAGGACACUUUGUCACCUGCGUUCAGGCCUCGGAUGCCGACAUGGGCGACGCCCAGAGGCUCAGGUACAGCAUCCUGUCUGGUAACGAGCGCAUGACGUUCUCCAUGGAGGCGGAAAGCGGCAUUCUGCGUCUGUCUAACAAGAGGCGACAGGGCAUGAAGCUGUCGUAUCAUCUCAACGUGUCCGUGUCUGACGGCGUCUUCACCAACACGGCUCAGGUGGUGGUGUAUGUGUUAGGAGCCAACCUGUACAGUCCAGUGUUUAGUCAGAGGUUCUAUCUGGCAGAGGUCCCAGAGAAUGCGCUGCCUGGUUCAAAGGUCAUCCAGGUGCGCGCCACCGACGAGGACUCGGGUCUGUUCGGCCAGAUCACCUAUUCCUUCAUCAACGACUUAGGGAAGGCUGGCUUCACCGUGGACGCCGACGGUCUCAUUACGACCGCGCAGAGGCUGGACCGAGAGGACCCUCUCAACAAAGACAUCCUGCUCACUGUCAUGGCACUGGAUGGAGGAGGCCGGGCGUCAUUCUGCACCGUGCGAGUGGUGCUGGCGGACGAGAACGACAACGCGCCGCGCUUCCGGGCGGUGGAGUACCGCAUGAGCAUCAAGGCCGACGUGGGCAAAGGCUCCCUGGUCACGCAGAUCCAAGCCAGUGACCCCGACGCCGGCGCUAACGGCAGGAUUGUCUACUCGCUCUACAGCGAGGCGCGCUUGUCCCUAGUCGACGUCUUGGAGGUGGAGUCGGACAGCGGCUGGAUGAUGACAAAGAGCUCGGUGUCCCACCUCCAGGGCACCGUGCUGUCCUUCUUCGUCAAGGCCACCGACUGCGGCUCGCCGGCCAAACACUCGCUGGUGUCGGCCUUCAUCCAUGUGGUGCCCCCCGCCGCCUUCAUCCCGUCCUUCAGCCAGCCCCAGUACUCCUUCACCGUCCCCGAGGACACGCCAGUCGGCACUGCGUUGGGCUCCGUCUACAUGGGCCCGGGCCAGAGCGCCGUCUUCUCCGCCGUGGCCGGGGAGACGGUCGACAGCAACCGGGGCGGCACUUUCCUGGUGGAGGCCGACACGGGGCUGGUCCGCCUGGUCAAGGCGCUGGACUACGAGCGCUUCCCCGUCUACCGCUUCAAGGUGGCCGCCGCCACCCGCAGGGACCUCAUCGAGGCCAUCACCAGCGUAGACGUGGAAGUCAAGGUCAUGGACGUGAACGACAACGAGCCCGUGUUUGAGACAGACACGUAUGUGGCCACAGUGAUGGAGGGCAUGCCCGUGGGCACCAGGGUAGUCCAAGUGCGAGCGCUGGACCCCGACUGGGGCUCCAACGGUCAGGUGAUGUACAGUCUGGCAGAGGGGCCGUCGGCCGCCACUUCCGUUUUCUCCAUCGACAGCAAGACGGGCUGGAUCACCACCGCCGCCACCAUGGACCACGAGGCGUGCUCCAGCUACAGCUUCCGCGUCGUGGGGUCCGACCUGGGCGAAUCGCGCUCGCUGCGGUCCGGUGCCGCCGUCACGGUGGCCGUGUCGGACGUCAACGACAACCCGCCGCGCUUUCAACGGGAGCUGUUUCGCGGUGCCGUGAAGGAGAGCGACCCGCCCGGAGAGGUGGUGGCCGUGCUCAAGACCAGCGAUGACGAUGGGACCGACCAGAACCGCAUGGUCAGCUUCUACAUCACCGGCGGGAACGUGGGCGGCGUAUUCGGUCUGGCGCUGGUGCAAGGCGAGUGGAAGGUGUACGUGAGCGGGCCGCUGGACCGCGAGCGUCAGGACCGCUACCUGCUUAACGUGACGGCCAGCGACGGCCUCUACGUGGCCCGCGCGGCCGUGGAGGUCACCGUCAUGGACGCCAACGACAACAGCCCCGUCUGCAACCAGGCGGUGUACAGCGCCUCGUUUCCCGAGGACGUGGCGGCCAACAAGGGCGUGCUGACGGUAGGCGCGUCCGACAUCGACUCGGGCUCCAGCGCCGAGAUCCAGUACUCGCUCUUUGGCAUUGGCGUGGAAGACUUCUACAUGGAUGCCAACACUGGCGAGCUUCGCACAGUGGCACCCUUGGACCGUGAGAGCCGUCCCGCUUACAAGCUGAUCGCCCAAGCCACGGACGGCGGCGGUCUCUUCUGCCGCUGCGAUGUGUCUCUGGUGCUCCUGGACGUCAAUGACAACGCGCCGUCCUUCGCCUCCUCGCGUUAUGUGACCAGCGUGUACGAGAACGCCGCGCCCAACACGCUACUCACGCGACUGCAGGCCACUGACCCGGACCAAGGCCUCAACCGGACGAUUGUCUACUCCCUGGUGGACUCGGCCAACGGCUUCUUCUCCAUCGACCCCGUGUCCGGGGUGGUGGUCCUGGAGAGACCCCUGGACCGAGAGAGCCAAGACUCAUACCGGCUCCGUGUUCGGGCCACAGACCAAGCCGGGCUGCAGGGGGCGCUCUUCACACAGGUGGAGCUGACCGUGCUGGUCCUGGACGUGAAUGACAACGCACCAGUGUUCCAGAAGCGCGAAUACACCGUCACCGUGCCCGAGGAUGUCGCGGUGGGCACCGAAGUGCUGCGGGUGCUGGCCACCAGUGCCGACAUCGGGCCCAAUGCCGAGAUCUCCUACCGGAUCCGCUCAGGCAACGAGAUGGACAAGUUUUCGAUUGAUAGGAACCUUGGCUCCAUCUCGGUGGCCGACGAUCUGGACUUUGAGGUGUGCAAGGACUACUACCUGACGGUGGAGGCCUGGGAUGGCGGCAGCCCGCCCCUCAGCGCUGCCACCAUGGUCACCGUCCAGCUGAUGGACGUCAAUGACAACGCCCCGGCCUUCAGCCAGGACGUCUAUAACGUCCUUGUCAGCGAGGACGCGCCGGUCGGCCAAUCCAUAACCAGGUUGCUGGCAGAGGACCUGGACAGUCAGGUCAAUGGACGCAUCACCUACUCCAUCCUGAAAGGCGACCGGAGUAACCACUUCUGGAUCGACCCGGUCACAGGGUUGCUGAAAGUCAAUAAGCGUCUGGACCGCGAGCUGGUGUCCCGCUACGCUCUGUCAGUGCAGGCCUUCGACAGCGGCUCGCCCGCCAUGUCCUCGGCCGUCACCGUCAACGUGGACGUCGCCGACGUGAAUGACAACCCACCAGUCUUCAGCCCGCCCAACGCCACCGCUGUGGUCCAGCUGAACCAAGCUUCAGGCAGCGUCCUGCUACGUCUGUCCGUCGACGAUAAAGACUCCCCCAGAAACGGCCCGCCCUUUGAGUUCCACCUCGUUUCUGGGAAUGAGGACGAUUUCUUCACUCUGGACCAGACGGGAACGCUGAGGUCUAGCCGUGAGUUCAGCCCCGAGUCCCCCCGGGAGUUCACCCUCGAGGUCCAGGUGAGCGACUCCGGCCAGCCUCCUCUGAUCUCGUCCUCGUGGGUGUUCCUGCGGGUCAUCGGGAACAGUCAGUACAAGCCUGCCGUCUCUCCCCUGGAAAUCUUCGUGGUGACGGCGACCGACACGUUCCAGGGCGGCCCGAUUGGUCGCAUCCACGCCACAGACCGCGAUCCCAGCGACGCGCUGUCCUUCAGCCACAGGCCGCAGGAUAACAGCAUGUUUAGCAUCAACAGGCAGGACGGAAGUGUGACGGCUCUACCGGGCCUGGAGCUGGGCAGGUAUCAAAUGAAUGCCACCGUGAGCGACGGGCGCUUUGCCGUGAUUGCCGACGUCUCGGUCCGAGUGGAACAGGUGACAGACGUCCUGCUGCGUAGCGCCGUCACCCUCAGGUUCCGCUCGCUGUCUCCCGAGGACCUGCUGGGCCGCUACCUCAACCAGAUCCGGCUGACGUUGCGGGCGCUGGCGGGCUGGAAAUGGUCGGCCGGACAGCAGGACCCGCUCCACAUCCUCGGCGUGCAGCCGGUGGACGGGACGUCCGACGUGGACCUCCUCGUGGCCGUUGAGAGGCCGGAGAAGCCCGGUGGUGGGGGGCGGAUGGGGGGCUUCUACACGCCCCAGGAGGUGGCCGCCAAGCUACGGGAGGCAAGGGGGCAGCUGCGAGGGGUCCUGGCCGGAGCGGUGGCGGUGGGCGGCGUCUGCUCCGGGGAGCUGGAGUGUGGCGACAAGGUGUGUGAGCAGAUGCUGGCCAUGGAGGCCGGCUCGCUACUGACUUACACCACAGAGAGGGUCAGCCUGGUGUCGCUGCCGUUUAGACGCAUUGAGACCUGCACCUGCCCCCGUGGGGCGUGCCCCGCUCCCGUGGAGCUGUGUGAAGGUCAGUCGUGUCCUGCGGACAUGCAGUGUGUUCGCUCUGGCCCGACGGCGCCAUCUGUCUGCCAGUGUCUACCUGAGCGACUGGAGGAGUGCGCUGGUCGAAGCUCUCUGAGUUUUUCUGGUAACAGCUACAUCAAGUACAAAGUGACUGAGAGCGGUCAGAGCGGUCAGAGCAGUCAGGGCGGCGAGAUGAAGCUGGGCCUGAGCGUCCGCACGCUGCAGACCAGUGGUGUCAUCAUGUUCACGAGAGUCAACCCGUGCACCAUGCUCAAGAUCGAAGGUGGCCGCCUUUGGUUCCAGCUGGACUGCGAUAACACGCUCGGCAUCAUGGGAAUCUCUGGGCGUCAGAUCAAUGAUGGGCUGUGGCACGCCGUGGCCUUGGAGCUGACCAGCAACUACACCCUCCUGUCAUUGGACGACAGCUACGUGGAGCGGCGGCGAGCUGCCCGAGCCCCCGUCCGCCUUUGGCCCGUCGCCCCGGAAUCCUCCUUCUUCUUUGGGGCGCAGGUUAGGCCUCCGGCGGCGGGUGGCCAAGGGGCGAGGGCCCAAGAUGGCUUCCAGGGCUGCCUGGGCCGGCUGACGCUCAAUGGGAGAGAGCUGCCGCUGCUGAAUAAACGCAGUCGUUACGCCGAGAUCGCCGGGCUGAGUGAGGUGGAGCCGGGCUGCGUCCUCUACCCGGACCCCUGUGUCAGCGCCCCCUGCCUCAACGGAGCCAUGUGUGCCAGCCUGCCCUUGGGCGGCUUCGGGUGCACUUGCAUCUCUGGCUUCACCGGGGGACGGUGCGAGAGCCCAGUGACGCCCUGCACGCCAAACCCCUGCCAGGCUGGUGGCGAGUGCCAGGCCAUGGAAGGCGGCGCUAGCGGAUUUGUCUGCGAAUGCCCACCAGGACUGAUUGGGCUUACAUGUGACGAAGACGUGGACGAGUGCGAGCACGCUGACUGCGGAAAUGGCGGCGAGUGCGUCAACACGCCGGGAUCCUUCUACUGCAACUGCACAAUGGGAGACGAGGACGGGACCUGCGGCGGGGCGGGUGACGGCUACGUAGACGACGACACCCAGGCGGAGCCACUGUCAUACGUCGGUCCCGGCGAAAUCAUCGGCAUCGGCGUCCUGGCCUUUGUCAUCAUCCUGCUCCUCAUCCUCUUUGUCAUCUUUCGGAAGAAGAUCCAGUUUCGAAAGGACUCGGCGGGGGCUGCGCCCGGGGGGGUCGCGGGCGUCAUGGCCGUGUCGGCCAUCACGGAGACCAGCUACAUGCUGCGCAAGACGGGAAUGGGCGCAGAAGGCAUCGAGUUCAAGGCUGUGCGCGUGUCAGGUUCGCCGGGGAAGGCGGGCGUCAUCGGCAGAGUCGACUGCGGCGACGUGGGCGGCGGCCUGACGGGACCGCCUCAGGUGGUGGUGAGACCCAACGCGCACUCGCCGCUGAUGGGCGGGAGACACAGCAGGGACACGGAUGAAAGCAGGCUGAGCAAGUUUCUGUCCGAGACCUCCAAUGUGCGCAGCAACCGUCGGGGCGUGGCCGUGUGCAGCGUGGCGCCCACCAACCUGCCCCCGCCGUCGCCCUGCCGACGCCUCAGCCGGCACAGCCCCGCUCACAAGGUGUCCUGGGACGGCGGGGCCAGCCACGCGCCGGCGGAAGUGAGGCGGCGUGACGAACGCGAAGACGAGUGGAGUCUGAGAGCCUUUGAGAUGGAGAGGACGGACGCCAGCGAAGGUAAGCGGUCAUCGCCUGUGCAGAGCGCCGCGAUUGGCCUUUCGUCAGACUCUACCCCGGAGGAGCUCAGCUCAUAUACGUCGGAGUCCUUCGAUGACAACGCCUCCAUCGUCACAGUCAUUCGUCUGGUCAAUGACACGGUGGACCACAUUGAAAGUGAAGUUACCAACCUGGACAAGGAGCAGUGGCAGCACAGUCCCACCUACCACUGGGACUCUUCCAGGCAGAGCUCCGGCUGGUUCUCGCCCUCCCGCCUGCGUCCACCUGAGGUGGGGUCCCACUACGACCUGAGCGACGCCCAGCAGAACAUUCGGCGGGGCGGCAGCACCCGCUCCCUGCAGCUGGACUACCCGAUCCAAGUGCCAAGCGGUGACAGAGGCCGGGAGUCAUUGUCGGAGGCAAGACGGAGGGCCUUCCAGUGGGAGAAGAACCAGUCGGGCGAGUGGCAGAGGACAAGAUGGCCGGGCGGGCAAGGGCGGCAACAGAGCAGCGAGGAAUCACCCGUUUACGAGGAGUACCGGGAGCCCCGGCGAGACUCUGAUCCCAGUGAGGAGACCGAGGCUCUCUACGACACCCUGCCCCCGACCCGGGAAGCCUAUGACGGCUACCCGUCCAGCCCACCGGGCCUCAGUUUACACCCGGCCCAGCUCCUGCCCCCCUUGCGGGCCUGGGCCUCGGGGAGUCGGGAGGGCGGCGGCGGAAAUCUUGGCUCUGCUGCCAUAACCGGUUCCGGGGAUGAGCUUGAGAGACUGUUGAACCUGGUGUCACUCCGAGCCAGGAGGGCCACGAGGACCAACAGAACCUCCACUGGGUCAGAACCUGCGGCGGGGGGGGGCGGAUUCAAAUGACCCGCCAGACUCUUGGCACGGACGAUACGCGGUGGCCCGGGGGGAAAAAAAAAAAUAGACAUCAGCCUCCCUCGUCUUGUCAGUGGCGCUCGUUUUUCCGGGUAAAGGAGUGUUUAACCGCAUGCGGCACGCCGCUUCAGAGAUGUUAUUAAGAUUAACGCCGUCUUUGUUUAAUCAUUUCAUUACUCGCCAGUUAUUUAUUUCACGAGGAGGUCGUUUGGCGGCCGAGCAGCACGAGCAUCAAAGCGAAAGAUAAUUAAAAGUAAGACACUUUUAAGACUGCGCACGCGCGCACACACAAACGCGCCGCCGUCUAUUCCAGGCCGUGUUUUAUCACUGUGAAUAAAUUGUGUACACCGUACGCAA